UUUCAAAUCAUUUACUGAAGUUCUUGAAUGUGGUAUUGAAUGUUUCUGAAUUUGUAUCAAAACCAGCUGCUGCCACCGUUGACUUGCGCCAACUCCUCCAAGAGGCGACUGAAUUGCAGUUGACUUUAAUCGAAUUCUCAGCUGAUAAUUUGGGUAUGGCGGCUUUUGGUGCGGCGGCUUCUCUCAAGAAUACGAUUCUGCGUAUUCUACAAUCGUCUCGCAUCUCUCUCGAUUCCCACUCUCUGCAAAUCUUGCAACCUGCCUACGACGAGAUGGAUCGAUUGCAGAAAGUUCUGCUCAAAUUGGACGAGACCAGCUGCAGCAAGAUCAGGACGAAGGUGAAUGCUGCGGAUGAACUCAUCAAAGAGGCAGUUUGGGAAUUCGAAGAUUUACUCGAAUCCCAUGUCUUACCUCAGAUUCUUCCACAACUCCAAAGCGAGAGACACAACUUGUCUUUCUCUGUAGAUCUACAGAGUCUGCAACACCAUGUUGAUUGCUUCGUCGAGAUGGUGAAGAUGAUGGAGGAAGAGUACACUAAUGAAAUGGAGAAUAUGGCUGAAGAAGAAGGCGAGCCUAUUUCCUCAAGAAUCGAUUCUAGUGGAAUCAAGUCAAAUAUGGUUGGACAAUCUUAUGCAUUUCAAAACGUCAGAGAUGGUCUUCUUGAAGGUAAAGAUGAUUCUAUUAUUGGGAUGGCGGGAGUUGGAAAGACAACUCUUGCUAAACAUAUUUUUGAAGAUCCAUCAAUUCGGAGCCAUUUUGAGUUUCGAGCAUGGGUCAAAGUGGGCAGAAAAUGCAAACCCAAUGAAUUAUUACGCUGCGUUCUAGCUCAAGUGGAUCCCAACGCUUACCGAAUGCUUGCCCAAGGAGAUGAUGAUGAUGAGGAAUUAGUUGGACUAUUGAAAGAAAAAUUGCAUGAUAAGAAAUGCCUCAUCGUGUUGGAUGAUGUUUGGGAGGAACAAGCAGUAGAUCGCUUGAUAAAUUGCUUGCGAGAAAAGAAUACUCUUGGAGGGAUUCAGUUCUUACUUACAAGUAGACAACGUAUAACAUACAAGCAGCAUUGGGGCAUGAGAUUGAACUUGUUGAAUGAAGAAGAAAGUAAGAAACUACUUGGUGAGAAGGUGUUUGGUGUGAAGGUGUUUAGUGAAGACGGUUUCCCUCCUCAACUUGAGAAACUGGGAGAGAAGAUUGCUGAGAAAUGUGAAGGUCUUCCUCUUAUGAUAGUCACAGUUGCAGAGCUCCUAUCAAAAGCCGACAAGACCCCAGAAUACUGGACUGAGGUAGCCUACAAACAACACAACUCACUUUUCAAGGAUGCAUAUAAUCAAAUAUCAGAGGUACUUUUCCCAAGUUAUGACUACUUACCCCAACAUUUAAAAAUGUUCUUCCUCUAUAUGGGAGCUUUCCCUCCUUAUGCUGAUCAGAGUCCAUUCCAUAUUAAUAAUCUUUUGGGUGUUGAGGGAUUUCUUGAACUGAAUGUUGAAAAAAGUUUUGAAGGUUUCUGGGAAAAGUUUUCUAAGUGGUAUCAUCUUAUUCUCGACACAGAAAAUUUGUGGUAUUUGAACAGAGAGUAUCGCGUGCAUUCUUGUUGGCAGCACUUAUGUAAGGUAGAAGCUAGUAGGAUCAAGUUUCUACAUGUCUUACGAGGUUGUGAUGAUGUGACAAAAGACCAGCGUCGCUUGUGUGCCCAUUACAACAAUUUAUUUGCCUUCAAACAAGUGUAUGAUUCGAUAAAAAGUGAUUGUGCAUCCACUGCCCGUUCUCUCCUUUGUGUUGGUCCUUAUCACCCGUAUCCAAUCCCAAUACAUGCCAUGGGUUUCAAGUUGCUUAGAGUACUACGUGCUGUUAGAGUUCGAUUUUACCAUAUCCCAAUUGAAAUUUUAAAACUUGUUUGUCUACGGUACCUUUCCCUAAAAUACAACGGGGAGCUCCCUCAUUCCAUAUCCAACCUUUUUAAUCUUCAAUUCUUGAUUACCGAUCCACAUAUUUACAUUAAAAAGCGUGGAGUUCAGUCUUAUAUGCCUGUGCAAAUUUGGAACCUGCAACAACUAGAGGGGAUUCAGAUUUGGGGAAGCGACAUACCAACCCCUAAUACUGAUGAUGCUACCUUGCACAAACUCACCUCACUUAUUGGUGUGAGUGCAAAGAGUUGUACAAGGGAAGUUCUCAAAAGAAUUCCUAAUUUAAAGAAAUUAAUUAUUGAAGUGGAGUUGAAGCCUUAUGAUGAUGAUGAUGAUGAAAGAAACCCAUCGAGUUGCUUGGGUUAUAUCUCCCAACUCCAGAAUUUGGAGAGACUUGAAUAUUGGGUUAACAAUCCCGAGAUAAAAAAUGAGUGUAAUACGAUUCCUCUUUCAAUGUUUCCAUCAAAUCUGAAGGUGUUAACGUUGUCUGGGUUAGGGGGGUAUCCUUGGAAUUACAUGAAUGACAUUGGUUCGCUGCUGCCAAAUCUCGAGAUUCUCAUAUUAAACUGCUAUGCAUUUCGAGGCCCAGAGUGGGACAUAACACCGGGGAGUUUUUUGAAACUUAUUGAACUUCAAAUUUAUGACACCGAUUUGGUGCGAUGGAGACCUCAACGUGGAAGCUUCCCGGAGCUUCGUAGACUAGGCAUGCUGCAUUGCUACAAAUUACAACAGCUCGAUUGGCCGUAUGAUCGCUCUUGGAUAGAGAUCAUUACUUUACGCGAUUGCAAUCCUUUAGCUGUCGCUUGUGCCAAGGAAUUAAAAGACAAGUUUUCCUUUCAACUUUUCGUCAAAUCUUCUUUUUGAGGUCAAGUGAGUCUGCGACUUGCCAAACAGGCAAAUGAAAGAGACGAUCGAGAGUUGCUUCCCCUGCCGCAGGUGAGUUUCUGCUGUAUGUAGAUUACUAGUAACUUGUUUAACAAACGUCGAGGCCUUUGUAUUACGAGCUGCUGUUUUUGAAGAUCUCUUCGCAAGAUUCUUAAGGAGUUCACUUGUUCAAGGCGCCAUAAGGUAACUUCUUUAUAAUGCAUAACCUAUAAAUGGAUCGAUUAACUUGAAAGUAUUGGGCUCGUUAGCUUGCAACACGUUCGUGCAUAGCAUUGUAAGCAUCAUAUAUUGCUACUCGUUGCCUUCUUUGCAUUGCAGCUAGAUGGAUCCAACUCACGUGGAGACGCAGAAAGAUGCAAACGAAUCGAGCUGAGUCAAGUCGAGUAGAUUCCUCAAGCUCACCGUCAUCUCAGACUAGAAGCAGACGCAGAUAAGACUCGUUGGAGUAACGGAUUCUAGCCAACUGAAAGGAUCUUCGAUGCACGAUCUCCUUCCUCGUUCGAUAGCGUGUUCGUGCUCGUACGUAAGAUGAGGUUCCUCUCUUCCACUCUGCCGAAGCUACUGUGUUUGUGUAGAUGUUGCUAACUCAUAUGAAGUGCUAUUGAUUUUAGAUCGAGUUAUAGAAUUAAUCAAGAUUUGAUGUUAAUUUUAUUAGUAACGGUAGGAGUUGUUGGUUUAGCUAUGAAGUAAACUUUUUUUUUUUGAUAAAUUACAACAUUAAAUAAAGAAAUUUAAAGGUCGCGC